AGGGAAACAAAAGUUUCAUCCAAUUUCACAACACCAGCGGGGGAAUAUUAUAAAAAUAUUGCUUUCAUUACGUUUUAUGCUUUGGUAACCUCUCGCUUCAGCCUCUCCAUUCUUAAUUAAGGUCAAACAUGUGUGCACAAACAUAAUGUAAACCCUCACAGGAACAGUGCAGUACACACAAACAUAGCUUCAAGACGAGAGAACCAGGGGGGAGAGUCAGUAAUAAUGAGAGAUAAUGAGACCGUGGGAGGAGGAGUAGUUCCAGAGAACACAAAGUGGGCAUGAGGGAGAGGACGAGAGGAAGCAGGAGAAAGUCGGGAGAAGACGGUCGAAGGCGAGGGAGGAGAAAGCGUCAUCAGAUAUUACAUAAUCACUUUUUAUUCACCCGGACACGCAACGACAGACUAUAGUUCUGCAUUUUAUGAUCUGAAUAUCGGUCAGCGAUGCCUCUCGGCAGCUCCAUCCGAAGGCGAUUCGCCCACCUGCGUUCAACCUUGAGGUGGAGCACUGGGCACCUGUUCAGCAAGGGAUCGACGAGGUCCUGCAAGAGUGUGGAGAUAAGGCGAAAGCAGUCGCGGAGUCAGAGUGUGGUUCAGGCCAUGGAGGAGAGCUAUGAGGUGGACCUGGUCUACAUCACAGAGAGGAUCAUCUCUCUCUGCUUCCCCGCCGGCGCCGAGGAACGCAGCUACACCACCAACCUCAAGGAGGUGGCGACGAUGCUGCGGUCCAAACAUGGCGAGCACUAUCUGGUGCUCAACCUGAGCGAGUGGAGGAGCGACUUAACAAAGUUAAACCACAAGGUUCUGGAGUUUGGCUGGCCAGACCACCACGCACCGGCGCUGGACAAGAUCUGCAGCAUGUGCAAGGCCAUCGACACGUGGCUCAACGGAGACCCGCGCAACGUAGUGGUACUACACAACAAGGGUAACCGAGGUCGAACGGGGGUGGUCGUGGCCGCGUACAUGCACUACAGCAACAUAUCCGCAAGUGCUGACCAGGCGUUGGACAGAUUCGCCAUGAGGCGCUUCUACGAGGACAAAGCACUUCCUGUGGGUCAGCCGUCACAACAAAGGUAUGUCCGAUACUUCAACGGCCUUCUGUCCGGACACAUAAAAAUCAACAACAAGCCGCUGUUCCUGCAUCACGUUAUCAUGCACGGCAUUCCCAACUUUGAGUCCAAAGGAGGCUGCCGUCCUUUCCUGAAGAUCUACCAGGCAAUGCAACCAGUCUAUACGUCAGGAAUAUACAACGUGCAAGGAGACAGCAACACCAGCAUCUGCAUCACGAUUGAACCCGGCCUGCUCCUGAAGGGAGACAUCCUGUUGAAGUGUUACCACAAGCGGUUCAGGAACCCGACCAGAGACGUGGUGUUCAGGGUGCAGUUCCACACCUGCGCCAUCCACGACCUCGGCGUCGUUUUCGGGAAGAGCGAGCUCGACGAGACCUUCAAAGGUAACUGUCCUCUGGAUGAGCGCUUCCCAGAGUACGGGAAGGUGGAGUUUGUCUUCUCAUACGGACCCGAAAAAAUCAAAGGCCUGGGCCACCUGGAGAACGGGCCGAGCGUUUCUGUGGACUACAACACCCAGGACCACCUGAUCCGCUGGGACUCGUACGAGAGCUUCAACCAGCGCUGUGAGGACACCGUGGACGGCGAGCACGAUGUCGUUCACACCCAAGGUCCACUUGAUGGAAGCCUAUAUGCCCGAGUCCGCAAGAAAGACUCCCUGGAGGGAGUUGUCACCAUCAAUGGCCUCCCAGUCCAUGAAAAUCCCUUGACCAAUGCAGAGAACCCGCUACAACAAACCAACCACCCUCUCCAAACCACCGACCAGACCCUUCCUGUGACAGGCCACGCCUCCCUCCCUGCCGUCGACCACACUCUCUCCGUGAGCAGCGACUCAGGCAACUCGACCGCGUCUAUCAAGACCGAUCGUACCGACGAGCACAGCCAGUCUGUGCAGAGCGCCGCAAAUCACAACAACCCGACAGCGACCAACCCGCCACUCAGCCCGCAGGAGAAAAGAGAGCUCGACCAGCUCCUGAGCGGCCUCGAGGCGCCGGCUCUUCAACGGCAAGCCUACCUGUCCACGUCCACCAGUCCAGGCGGAGGUGUCCGACACCUGGUCCCAGCGCAGGUUCACGUCAACGGGGGCCACACAAGAUUAGUUGGCGCCCCUUCAACAGAGGAACGCGAGACAGAUAUUCUCGACGACGAGCUGCCCAAUAGCCAAGAGGGCAACAGCGUGGACAGCUUGGGCACGCUCUCAUCUCUAGAGGGCCAGGCAACGCCGGGUGACCUCUACUACCGAUCACAGACUCCCAUCAGCAGGCAGAACGACGGACCCUACCUUGAGAGAGGUGUUCUUGGGGAAAAGUUAAGCGAGAUGCCUGUGCAUGGAGUACGAACUCCCACGGCGAUGCAAGAGAGAUCUGUGGACUCUGCAUCGCCACAGGGGGGAUACAACAACUACCAGAACGGAGGUGGGAUGUACCGUUCACAGUCCUUUGGGAAUCCACCAGCUGGCAGCCCUGAGACCAACCCUAAGCUGAUGCCCAGGGCCCCAGAGAGGAGCACCAGUAGCCGGGAGGCUGUCCAAAGAGGUCUCAAUAACUGGCACCAGCAUAGUCUCCCAGAUGAUCCGUUUGGCCCUCCUCUUCAGUCGACCCAUAGCUUGCCCCACUUCCCUGCCUCACAGCGGGACAUCGAGCAGUCCAUUGAGGCGCUCAACAUGCUCAUGCUCGACCUGGACCCAAUCAACUCCCACAUGUCCAAAUCCCACAGCGCACCUCCUGGGGAGAACAACCUCAGUUCAUCCCAGGCGCCCUUCUCCCAGACCCUUGCAAGACCCUCAUACCAAGCAGACUCCGCCAUCCACGGUUACAACAACUCCGGGUCUGUCAACAGCUCCUUCAAUCAGCCCAUGCGGUCAACUGGGAGAGUCUCAACGAUGCCCAACCAGAGCCCAGUUAUGGAGUCCCCGGCGUAUUCUCCCCAGAGGUCCCACGCUGGCUACCAACACCAAAACACCACCCCGACACACACCCCAGAGCCCUACCUCCACACACGCCAAGCAGCCCACCACUACCCCAACGACCCCUCCGCUAAUUUCAACCAGCAGGUGCCAGUGAAACCUGCGAACUCGUACCAAGGCGGCGUGGUUUCCCACUCCCCGGACCUGCAGGGUUCGUCUCCUUAUCCAGGCUACAGUGCCUCUUCCUCACCUCUCCCCACACUCACCCCUCAGCCCAAGGAUACAUCUUCUACAUCCUUGCCCAGAGAGCAAGAUGCAGAGGAGGAGACGCUAAACUUGGAGGGCCUGGUGGCUCACCGCAUCGCAGAGUACAACGCUCGUAUUCGUGGCAUCAGUGAAAGCAUGACAUCGCAACAAUCUGACCGCCACCGCUCCUAUUCCUUCUCUGGGGUUCGCUCCAGAGGAAUGACCCCAGAAGUGACACAGGAGACCGGCCGGCGCCGCACCACCAGCGAGGGCCAGUAUCAGAGCAGCCACGAUAACAUGUCGACGGAUUCACCGGACUUCGCCCACAAUCUGGCGCUCAACCCGGGAGGAAGACCCAGAGAGGGUCCCAUGCACAGCUACCGGGAGGCGUUCGAGGACGACGAGGCGGAAGGUUUCGCCAACAGUCCCACCUUCGGAGGCGGUGGUGAGAAUUCCCCCCAGACCCCCAGCUUCCCCGUGUCGCCACAGACUCCUUACUUCAACAUGUCUCGCUCUCCUCCAGGUUUGGCCAAGACUCCUCUGUCGGCGCUCGGCCUGAAGCCUCAUCAACAGGGCGGAUCAGACUCUGACUCUAAUGACGGAGAUCAAGACAAUCGCAAUUUCGGGGACUCGAGAGGGCAAACGUUCAACGCUCCUCUCUCCUCCAGCAGUCCCGUCCACGGUGCUGACGGGAGGAGGAUUGCUUCUUCCGAUGUUGCCCCAAUCAGCCCCAACCCCUCCUACCCCAACAGACCUGCGUCCCCUGAGGGCUCCCAGGUCAACAUCAUGGGCGUCCACACCGUCCCCGGCAGCCCCAACACCCUCCACCGCACAGUGGCCACCAACACGCCUCCGAGCCCGGCCCUCCAGAGACGCCUCGGUCAAGCAAGCCCCUCACUGGCAAGACACCCACCUCCAGUUGUCCCUUCGAGCCCCCUGAUAGGCCGAAACCCCAAAACGGCAGGCGUGCCGCAGAGCCCGAUGAUGGGGCGCCGCACGGUGCCGGGCGGCCACAGCACGCCUGACGAGCUGAGGGCCGCUUCCCGUCAGGGGAGUGCGAGCCAAACGCCCUCGACGCCCGCCUUCCCCGUCUCCCCGCAGCUGCCGGAGAAGAGGCACAUGUCCAGCGGAGACGCGGAGAGGACCGACAACAAGAACCUGACGCCGGUCAGCGGUGGCAGCACGCCAAACCUGUCGGGCACGCACACGCUCCCGGACGUCUCGAAGUCCAUAUACGACGGUUACCCAGACAUUAAGAUGAACGUCAAGUUCGUCCAGGACACGUCCAAGUACUGGUACAAGCCGGACAUCUCCAGAGAGCAAGCCAUCAAUCUGUUGAAGGACAGGGAGCCCGGGGCGUUCAUCAUAAGGGACAGCCAUUCCUUCCGCGGCGCCUACGGCCUGGCCAUGAAGGUGGCGUGCCCCCCGCCGACCAUCCAGCAGAACAAAAAAGUUGGUGACUUGACUAACGAGCUGGUGAGACACUUCCUGAUUGAGACGAGCGCCAAAGGCGUCCGGCUGAAGGGUUGUCCCAAUGAGCCCUACUUUGGUUGUCUUUCCGCUCUGGUUUACCAACACUCCAUGACUCCGCUGGCUCUGCCCUGUAAGCUGAUGAUCCCCGCCAAAGACCCGAACGAAGAGGCGCUGGAACUGGCCACGCCGACUGAUCCGGUGGUUGAGCUUCUGAAGCAGGGAGCAGUUCAGAAAGUUCCCGAGGACGCUCAUGCGUGCAACGUUCUGUACAUCAACUCCGUGGACAUGGAGUCUCUCACGGGGCCUCAGGCCAUCGCCAAGGCGAUCAGCCAGACGUUGGCGACCAACCCUCUGCCCGCCGCGACCACCGUCCACUUCAAAGUGUCGACGCAAGGCAUCACGCUGACCGACAGUCAGAGGAAACUUUUCUUCAGACGACACUAUCCCAUCAACACGGUAACCUACUGUGACACGGAUCCCCAGGACAGAAAGUGGGGCAAAGAAGGAGGCGGCUCAGUGAGGCUUUUCGGAUUCGUCGCGAGGAAACAAGGAAGCACAACAGACAAUGUCAGCCACCUGUUUGCCGAGCUGGACCCGGAUCAGCCCGCCUCCGCCAUCGCCAGCUUCGUCUCCAAAAUGAUGAAGCGGUGAAAACUCCUCAACGUCCAAACGGCAGCGGCCGUCUUGAAAUCUUCCGUCAUCGUUGGUGUCUUUUUUCGCCAGGACUCGAUGAUUUUUCUUUUUGUUUGUUUCCUGUCGGUUUCUUUCUGUUUCUCUCUCUCUCUCUCUCUCUCUCUUUGUUUCUCUCUGCCUUGCCGGUUUGCAAGAGUCUCUAUUUGAAGGAUUUGUUUGUGGAUCCAGAGUGGAGCUAGUGGACGUGUGUGGUGUGGAGCUGUGAACGUGACAGACGUGGACGCAUCGAAGGGAGAGAAUUUUAAUUGGCUAGAAGAAGAAUCUAGCUAAAGACUAAAGGAACAAUGCAAAGUUCAGUCGGGGAGCACGCGAGGACUCGUACGUACGUUUCAGGGUUUUCUGUUUCUCGUUCUUUUGUCGAUUGAUUUACCAAAGGUAGUUGCAACACAAGUGCAAGAAUGAUGUAGCUGUUAAGCCAUUAUUAUUUCCUCUUUUCAAAAGAUGAACAAACAAACAGACAAAAAAAGAAAAGAACAAAAAAGAAAAAGAAGUUUCUUCUCGAACUCGUCUUCAGGAAAAAAGUCGGCCUCGAUGGCUUUUAGCAAAACAGUGUCUGAAGACCUUAUGCAUGUUAGCUUGAUCUUUAAGCUCGGUUCUUCUACCUUCCACAAAAAAAAAAGUCGUUGUGAAAUCCUUAGAGUGCUCAUUUUUCUCCGGGUCUGUUGUGUGUCGGAAAGGGCUCUGCAGUGGACUGAUCUUUUAAAAAAAUUAAAAAAAUUAAAAACUGCGCAUAGCAGACCAGACUCACGACAAAGAAAAGAAAAAAAGAAAAACACGCUGAGGUCACCGCACUUCGUGUCAGUGCAGCCACGCUCGCAUCACCUCCCGGUCCGAGCCUGACCUCUCUCUCUCUCUUUCAGUUCAUGAGAGAGAGAGAGAGAGGAGGACUGUCCACGAGAUGGCGCCACUCCUUCAGGCUUGGACCUCCCUUCCCUUCCUUCCUUUCCUUCCUUCCUCUCUUCGCCCAUCACCAACUGCUUGCAGUAGUGGAUCUGUUGAUAGACGCUGCCACUGAAACACACUGGAAACCACCAGGGACUUGGCCCGACCUGGACCUAUGCACUGUUCUUUAUGCAUGUUGUUGUCCUUUUAACAAAAAAAAGAAAAGAAAGAUUGCACCGUCCCCCGUCCCCCUCAUUAGCUACAUUCAACAUCACUGAAAACAUUCUGCUUUGUGCUAAAAAAAAAACCUAAAAAAAACCUUUUUAGACGAGUAAACGCGGCGAGGUCGCACGACUUGUCAAAGACUGCAUGAACUAGACAAACACUUUUUGUACUCUUCUCAGAGAGUCCUGAAAAAGAAGUUAGACCCAUUGUUGAAGUAGUCACAUGAUGGUGAGAUGUUUCUGUUUUUACUUCUUUUCUUUCAUUUAUUUUGAUUCUUUUUGGUCCGUUUGAGCCGCCAGGGUUACCUUUCACUGUAUCGAGGACAGUUCUCUUGUGUUUUUUUUUUUUUUUUUUAAGUUGUUUUGGUUCCACAGUGUCGUCAAAAUUUACAUUUAGAAACCUUUUAGGGCAAAGGAGCAAGAAAAAAAACAGAAACACACACUGUGCGCAAAUGCCUGCUUGUUGAACACACGCUCAACCAUUCACAAUAAGCUAAGGAAAAUUGAUAUUGAUAUAAAUGUACAUAGAUAUACUACUUUGAAAGGUGACAUAGCGAAAAAGUAUUUAUUUUUGUUGCUUUGGUCCCUCAUGAUUACUCAUAUAUACAUAUAUUGUACAGUCUAGAUAAAGAAGAUUACCUAAAAAGGGGUUGAGAAAAAAAAUAUAUACUUAUUUUGGCUAAUGAUUUCAAAGUCUGACGAUUUUGAAAUGUGUUUGAAUAUAUGGUGUACAUUACUUUGUACAUGUAUAUGUUUGUUUUUGGCUCGUCAUGUUUCUUUUUUUUGUUUUUCAUCUUUGCGUUCUCUCUGAACGAGGUUAGGGCAUGAACGAGAUAGAAGAAGAAGAAGAAGAAGCCAAGAGUCUGAAUUUUGCAUGGACAGAAGCAUUUUUGAGUGCAGCAGCAGAAAAAGAAACGCACUCGCAGACGCAAAGAGAAGAAGAAAAAAUACAAAGCGUCGUAGCCGGUAGAUGUUAAAGGUUCAAACUUUCGAAUAAAAAGGGAAGCAGCCGACCUCAAAAUGCAAUAUGAAAACUAGCCGUAUGCACCCAUGACCGAUUAUGAUUUUUGCCAAAGAUUCAAACACUUUAUCGAUGAUGCUGACUGGCUGCAUGUUUCCAUGUUUGUGUUUCACACUUCUUUUUUGUUUUGUUUUUUACACGUUUAGCAGCAGAUUUAAGGAACACGUGGACUCGAGGCGACAGAAGCACGGACGUGUUUGCCUCCAUCGCCCGCGUGGCGCCCCACAAAUUGGGAAAGAAAAGUGUGUAAACGAAGCACUUAUAACUCACAAUACCAAAAGAGGAGUGACAUAAAUUCCAUGUGGGUGUCAGCGCUGGAGGUAAAUAAAGUUAGACGCGUCUCACCGUGAUGCUAAAAAAGCUCGACAGCUGCAGCUUUGUCAGACUGCCAAAGUGUGUGUGUCUUCUCUGGCCUCUCUCUCUCUCUCGAAAAAAAAAAGAUUUAUUUAUUCUUAUUUAUUCUUUUUUUUUUUUUUUGUUUUCCCGACAUGUUUUUAAUAAAAGAAAAAAAAAGAUCAAAUCUCGUUUCAUCGUCGCAUCAUCGCAGAUUUUAACGGUUACCGGAGGAAUGUACGGUGGCGCUUUAUUGAAAGCAACAAAAAGGUACAGUGCACUUAAGAUCGACUACUAACAAAGCUUUGUGCCAUUUUUAGUCAUUCGGAGGAGACAAAAAAAUUUAAUUCUCUCUAUAUAUAUUUAAAAAAAAUGAAAUUUUGCAUUGUACCUGUUGGCUUUGAGUCAAGAGUUGCCUUGUUUCAGUGAAAAAGAAGUGAUCUCUGUGACCCCGAUGUACAGAUGGGACUUGUUGUAUGAAUGUGCUACUUACGGAUGUACAGAAGGGUCUCAGAUUUUGUUUGCGCUUAUCAUUUACAUUAUAUUGUCAUGGCUUACCUGUUCCUAAGGAGAAAAAAAAAACAUUAAAGCAAUACAAAUCAGUUACA